AUGAUCGCUCAAGUUCAAAAACCAGCUCCUACCUUUAAGAAAACUGCUGUCGUUGACGGUAUGUUUGAAGAAGUUUCUCUAGAUCAAUAUAAGGGAAAAUAUAUUGUUUUAGCAUUCGUUCCAAUGGCUUUUAGUUUCGUAUGUCCAACUGAAAUUUGUGCUUUCUCAGAUGCUGCUAAGAGAUUUAGUGAUAUUGGUGCACAAAUCAUAUUUGCUUCUACUGAUUCUGAAUAUUCCCUAUUGGCUUGGACCAACAUGCCAAGAAGCGAAGGUGGUUUAGGCCCAGUUAGUGUCCCAUUAAUAUCCGACAAAAACUUACAAUUGUCUAAGGACUAUGGUGUUCUAGUUGAAGAAGAAGGUGUCGCUUUAAGAGGGUUAUUUGUCAUCGAUCCAAAGGGUGUUGUGAGACAUAUUACUAUUAAUGAUCAACAAGUUGGUAGAAAUGUUGAAGAGGCUCUAAGGGUUGUCGAAGGUUUCAAAUGGACUGACGAUAAUGGUACUGUUUUGCCUUGUAACUGGACCCCAGGUUCCGCAACAAUUGUACCAGAUGUUAAAAAAUCUAAGGAAUAUUUUGAAGAAGAAGCCGAAAAGGCUCAAUAG